CAAGCGCUGCUGUGAGCAGUCUCUGGUGGAGAGACGGGGUUUGGGAACGCACUACACACACGACCCCCAUACGAGGGCUUGACGUGCCUGCUAACAGUGAUAAGGGCGUAUUUCCAUGACCGAUUACAGUUGUGAAUUAUUGCGAAUUAUGUGGUCGGUGACGGUUAAAAUGAUAUCAGGCCGAGGCGGGAAAAAUUAGUCCGCUUCCAGCGACGUUACGUUACGGCUGCGGUUAACGUUAUUUAAACUAAGUCAGAUAGUUUUGUACUACGAGUCGGAUAAAGGUUAAUAACUUUUUAUGGUCUUAGUCUGCAUCUAGUCAUCAGGUUUCCACCUAAUAACAUUGGUUUUAAUUUGGCUGUAGAUAUACAGAACGGCCAAAUAUGUUGUUCUUCUUCGUACCUGAUUGGACUUUAGUUUGUAAAUGAUUAAAAAUAGCUAAUAAAGUUAACGAAGUCAGGCAACUGGUUAUCGAUAACACCUGUUUCUUGAGACUAGUGUUCUAAUGCGGCGGUAGCAACCUCUUGUAAAAUAGCAGGUUGUCAGAUGGUUUAUGUUUUAUAUAAAAUUUGAAGGUACUGAAGAUCAUAUCGGUUUCCGUCACGAUUACAGGGCUUUAUUUUAUUCGUGCUGUCAAAUCACGCUAAUCCGCGCCCUUUUGGGUAGCUAGAAUAGAUAGCUAACUAGCUAGUUACUAAACUAACAAGCUGAUAAGUCUGUCCGUGGAACUGUGCAAACAUAACAUUGAUUUAGCAUGGCAGCAUAUCAGUUCACGUUUUUCUGACAAUAUGAGAUGACCUACCAAAGCCACUUAAUGUAUUUCAUUAGCACUGUGUAAUGAUGUGUUGGGAUGUAGCCUGUGCAUGUGGCUCGUGGCUUUAACGGUGAAUCAGGAUCGAUUUCGCCUGGAGGUGCGGAAAGGACCGCCUCCCAGAAAAGCUGGGUUUUGACAGCUGAGCGCGCCUGUAACUUCGAUGUGACAGCAACGUUAACUCGCCGGUUCUUCAGAUGUUAACCGAAAGCAGGGACUGAGUUUUAGCGGUAGAAAAUGCAGAUCCUGACAAGGCAUAAUUAAAGGAGUCAACACCAUAUCUGGCUACAUGGCGUUAAGGAAGCGCCGGCUGAGCUGUGGGAGUGAAGACGGACAGGUCCCACCCUCUGCCAAGAGGUCAGGUGGAGGCCAGUCCGAGCUGGCUGAGCUGGGACGUGAGGUGUGGGACUCAGAGUCCUCCAGCAGUGACAGCAGUGCUGUCAGUAGCCCUGAAUGGCCAGCAGGGGGCAGCACAGUCCAAGGUGCAGAUAUCGGGGGGCGAAGCCAUUCCAGCCCAAGCCCCACUAACCCCGCCCCGUUGCCAGAGGAGUGGGGCCCCAUUGGCCAGUCCAACCUGGGCGCCUCCUACAACCACAUCAACCGCAUCCUGCGGGAGGCGCACUUCAGCAGCCUGCAGACUCGGAGCCACGCCCACGCCACAUGACCCCGCCCCGCCCUCGCACCACAACCCACCCCACCCCACCCCCUCACGCCGCCCCCGCCCUCCUCUCCACAACUUCCUGUGCCCAUCAUAAUGACUUCCUGUCCACCGCUCAUCACUACAGUGUCCUCUCAGCUUGUCUGGUUUUCUCAGUUCAUCUGUGAGUCGGGUUGUGUAAAUUUGCAGCAUGGUGAACUCUCAUUGGGUGCUAAUUCUGUCAAUCAGAACUGUUGGGUGGGUCUUGUGUGUGCAAUAAUUAAUAUUCAAACAUGCGCAGUCUUUCACACCCCUUCACCCCUUUGAGUUAUUAUAAUUUUGUUUGUCCAGCUCAGUUUUAUUUGUUGUCUGUAAAACCCAGCUUGAAAACAUUUUUGUCUUGCAGUGAAUUUGAUUUAGAGGGUUAGAGAGUUCAGAAAUAAAGGCAAGUGGCAUUGGUGGCAUCACUUGGCCAAUAGGAGAGAAUCUGGGCAUUACUCGGCCAAUAAGACAGGAUCUGGGCAUUACUAGGCCCAUAGGAGAGAAUCUGGGCAUUACUCGAGCCAAUAGGAGAGGAUCUGGUCAUUACUCGGCCAGUGGGAGAGGAUCUGGGCAUUGCUCGGCCAAUAGGAGAGAAUCUGGACAUUACUCGGCCAAUAGGAGAGGAGCUGGGCAUUACUCAGCCAAUGGGAGAGCAUCUGGGUAUUACUUGGCCAAUGGGAGAUGAUCUGGGCAUUACUCGGCCAAUAGGAGAGGAUUUGGGCAUCAUUUGGCCAAUGGGAGAGGACGAGGUAUCCCUCACUCACAGGUGUGUUUAUAUUGUAUGAGGACUCAGAUUCAGUACACAGUCGGCUGUCUGUGUGUCCUGAGGGUGGUCGAAUGGCUCAGUUAUUUCUGUGUUAAUGCCAAACAGGGUCAGCCACGUUGAGUGUCUCCUUCUCUGUCCUGUAGAGGGAGCUAGAGUGGCUGGGGAUCCCUGCUGCUCUUGACCAUUGGGGCAUGUGGCACUUUAACCAGCAGGGGCACACUUUCCCUCUGCCGUUCAUUCUGGGACACUGUGAUUCAGGCAUUAUUGCAGCAGGUGCUAAAAUAAACUGGAAGAGCACAAGCACACGUGUCUGUAAAAACCGAACGCGUAUGACCAUCAUGCAUUUAUUAGUGAAACGUUUCAGUUGCCCUGCAUACACCAAAGCCUCUUAUGCCGGGGAUACUCAAAUCUGGCCCUCAGGACCAGUAGUACUGCUGGUUUUCAUUCCUCCCCUCUAAGCAGGGACUGAUUUAAAACCUGACGCACUAACUGAGUAUUAUCUGGCCAAUCAGUGACAAUAUUGGACUAUGGACUAUCAGGCAUAAGAUAAAUCCAGCAGUACUACUGAUUUGAGUAUCCCUGACCUAUGCUAAAUAUGAAGGAUUUAAAAAUGUAGUUGCUGGCUUAAAUUUGUUUAUAAAAGUUUAGGAAUAACCACCAUGAAUGUUUGAACCACUCUUAGACUGAAGGCUGUAGAGGUCCACAGUGAUGUCAUAGUGGAACUCUGGAGUUGGGAUCCACUGUGAUGUCAUAGUGGAACUCUAGAAUUGAGCUCAUGAAGGCUUAUGUAUGGACAGCCAACAAUGCCAUCUUGAACAUCUUGAAAAAUAUGCCUGAUCACAGUCAUAUUUGACCUGUUGAAAUUGAAAAAACUGCCAUGUAAACGAACAAAUGAACACAUCCAUUUUUGAUGUUCACACAUUCAUUUUGGAUGUGCUAAAAUCUGAUGUUUUGAGGUGAUUAAGAUGUAUGGAAAGGCAAGGAGAGCUUAUGUUAAGGGGUACAUCACAAUCUCUUGAACGUAACUAACACAGGACAGAAACACGCUCCGGAAAUGUCAUAGCCGUGACACAUGCCUUGAUGCCAAUCUACACACAAUUUCUACAUUGGUAUUGGCUGAGGUGCUUUUAAGUGUGUUGACGCAAGCAAUAAUGUGAACAGGUCAAAAAUAAUUGAUGAGACAUAUUUUAAGAUAUUUUGGCAUCGAUGGCUUUCCAGUAAUACUCAUGGUCACGUCUUCACUGUGAUGUCACAGAUGCCCAGAUUCAGGGUACAGUGCAGUGGUGCAUUCUGGGAUGGGAUGGGAUCCAGAAAAAUCCUGUUUUCUCUCCCAGACUCCUGCACAUGCCAGCCAAUGUCAUACACAUGUGUGUGUAUGUGUGUGUGUGUGAGAGAGAGAGAGAGAGAGAGAGAGAGAGAGAGAGAGAGCAUGUGUGCAGAAGGGUUGGGAUUUGGGGUUUCUCAUUGAAGAAUACGUGCUCUGAUAACCAAUGCCCAUUCGCUGCUUGGCCAAGCUUCGCUCACUUAAUGUUCCAAUCCCAGCCCUAAACACUGAACUGAGGCUCCACCCAUAAAGAGCUGACCUUUGACCUCUCUGGGAGUGGUCACUCCUGUUUAGGCUUAUCUCUACCUGAGCCCCACCUCCUCCUGAGCCUUACCUCCUCCUGGGAUCACCUCCUGGGCUCACCUCCUCCUGGGCUCACCUCCUCCUGGGCCCCUCCUCCUCCUGGGCUCACCUCCUCCUGGGCCCCUCUUUCUCCUGGGCCCCUCCUCCUCCUGGGCCCCUCCUCCUCCUGGGCUCACCUCCCCCUGGUCAGUGCUGUUGGCCCUCUCCGGACACUGUGGUCCAAAUACUUGCACAGCUAACAAAAGAAAGACUUGAACACCAUCCUUGUUUUUGUAUGUGGAACUGUACAUUCAGGCUCAGUAGAGUUUCCAUUUUUAAAAAUUUCACCUCUUGCAUUUGAAUAUUAAAGUGUUGUUUUUUUAA